AGUCUUUCAGCGUUACUUCCAUAUUACAAGUGACUUAGUCUAAUUCAAUUUUGAUAUAAAACACAAUUUACAAAAUGAUUUGUCUCCCUCGAAAAACUAAAAGUGUGAUAAUUUACUUGUUAGUUGGUUGUUUAUUCCAGAUGGGCACCAUCCACGCAACGCCUUUGCCUCAGUCUGAUACCGUGACACCCAGUGACACGAACUCAAACCCGACAGACCAGACGGAUUCAAUAAGCGAUAAUGUGGAAAAGCCACCUAUCAAUGGAGUAGAGAACGUCGGCGAUGUGUUCAAGUCACUGAUCAAGAAUACUGGCUUGACGGUAUCGGACUUAAGGGACGAAACCGGUCAAUCGUUGAAGGAUAUUGCCCAUGCCGGUGGCCGGGCCACGCUCGCCCUUGGAUACCUGUGCAAUCAGCUUUUUAAUGGCAUCAGCGCCACCGUGGCCACCGGUAGCGGUUACCUGGCCAGCGGCGUCAGGAACAUCGACGACGUUGUUGGCGAUUUGCCAGUCGUGGGCUUGGUAACGGGCACCCUCGACUCCGUCUCAACGCAGUUGGCCAACACCAUUGGCGAGAUAUCCACCAACGGCCGGAAGAGCCGGCAAAAAAUGUUCGAGAGCUUACGCGAAAAACUGAAUCGGAGCAGUGGCCGUUUGCCGACGACAAACAAUACUGGUAGUACAGCAAGCACCAACAGCGGCAACGAGAUUGCGCAGUGAUGACGACGAUUUAAGCAUAAUUUGUCGUUAAAGUGUUAAAAAAAUGUAUGUUUUUAAAUCAAAAAAAAAAAAGAAAGAAAAACCCAAAACACGAUUCUUGUAACUUUGUUGUUCUGAACAUAUUUUCAGAUAUCAUAAUAGCUGUUUGAGUGUAUAUUACAAUAAUAAAUUAUAACAUAAUUGAGCCAGUCGAAUCGUAGAGACCAUUGGCGGUUGUUACUCGCCUUUGUAUUAUCUACCUACCCAAUAAACGUACGCAAUUAUUACCGUGACCUUCUCACCAUAUAUUUCAGGUAAUCUUAACCCUCGGGUUGGAUCUUCACACCACCUAAAAACCUAUGUACUUAUAACUACUUUCUACUUGUUAAAUAUAUAUUUCUAAAUCGAAAAUUUGAAUACUCUUAAAAUAAAUUUUCGUAUUAAGUAAAAGUGAUCUGAAGUUUGAUUAUUUUGUAGUAUUUGAAAAUAUUGUACAUCCGUUAUUUGCUCAUCAAUAAAAAUAA